AUGGCAUCCAGCGAGUCAUCCAGCGGUGUCCCACAUUCAGGUGACGGAGGUCAGUUCGCGGCCAAUUCAGGCGCUCUGGGCCUUGGUUGCUCAUUGGGAACAGGUCAGGAAAAGCAGAAAAUGUUACUUUCGUCAGAGCAGGGUCAUUUCAGCAUGGUAAAGGCUCUGCAUCUUGCAGAUCUGGUGACUGAACUCAACGUGAUGUCGGUUUUCUCGUCCAUGCGCUACUGCCUCGGAGACCCGUCUGACUAUGGAUCCUUGUGGGCGGCUCUCGCGUUCAUGCCAUUCGGCCUGUUCUUCGAUUUUAUGGAUGGGAAGAUUGCUCGGUGGCGCAAGAAGUCGUCGCUGAUGGGGCAAGAGCUUGACUCACUCGCGGACUUGAUCUCUUUCGGCCUCGCUCCCGCCGCCGCUGCAUUUGCACUCGGUAUUCGGACCUCGCUCGACCAUCUCCUCCUGGCGUUCUUUGUCCUCUGCGGCCUGACGCGCCUCGCCCGGUUCAAUGUCACCGUUGCCGUUCUGCCCAAGGACAAGAGCGGGAAAUCGAAAUACUUUGAAGGCACGCCCAUCCCGACCACCCUGGCCAUUGCCUCUCUCAUGGCCUACUGGGUCUCCCAAAGUUGGACGCACGAGAACAUUCCCUUGGGAGUUAUCGCCGAGGGGACAAUCUUGGAAUUCCACCCGGUUGUGCUUCUGUUUGUCUUGCAUGGAUGUUUAAUGGUCAGCAAGACGAUACACAUCCCCAAGCCAUGA